AUGUUCAGCCAGGAGGAUGGAUCUCCGCAUCGGCAAAGUCGAGACGAUACUCCGUCUGGUGCACCGCAGGAGGCCGCGGGCUUACGGCGAUGUCGUAAGCUUUUGGCAUAUUCGAGUCGUUCCUCCACUACAACAAAAGUCGUGGUCUAUAGUGGAUUUCGACCGCACCGCCACAACAGGGCAGCCCUAUUCACGGAGGCACUGCCCGACUUCGGGGGGGUGGGGGUGGGACUAGAUAAGGUGUCCUAGAGAUUGCUGGGGAACCACGUCGUCUGCAGGCUGGCCGUGGUUGCCGACGCUAAGUUCCCGGUCAAAAAACCAAAAUUGAAACAAAGACAACAAUACCCUCUCCCUCCACAUGCCUCUUCUUCCUCUCCCUCUGCCUAUUCUUUCUUUUCUUCUCCUUCUUCACCUUCUUCUCCCCCUCCUCCUUUACGCCGCCGCAAUCGUCAGACUGGCAGGGCGAGUCCGCUUACUCUGGCAGCCUGAAAUGUUCGUUCCCUUUUAGACAAUCCGCGGAGCAACCGACGGGAACGGAGGACGGUGCUAGUAGCUCGGGAACCGGCGGACUAUCAGGUGAACAUCGCGCACUCUGUGAAAUUCGAUUCUCCGAACAAGGCCAACUGGAGGAGGUGUGUGCCGGCUACACCUUCUCCUGGAGUGGUCGACCCAGGGCAGAGCGACGGGACGCGGGUGUCGCCUUCGCCAUUCGGAACGACAUCGUGGGACGACUGCCCUGUUUGCCGCAGGGCAUCAACAAUCACCUGAUGAGCCUUCGCCUGCCUCUCGGGGAAGGCAACUUCGCCACCAUCACCACUGCCUACGCUCCGCCGAUGACCAACUCCGACGCCACAAGAGACAAAUUCUACCAGGACCUGCACGCCCUCCUGGCGACUGUGUCAAUGGCAGGCAAGUUGAUUGUCCUUGAUGACUUCAGCGCCCGCGUCGGCGCAGACCCUUCAGCCUAG